CAACACUUAAUAAUUCCAUUGAGCUGCAGACUAUCGUCAACUGAUUUACGGUAUUCUAUCAGCUCAUUCCAAUUUACUGCGCGACUUUCAUCAACAUGGCGGCUUCAAACGAUCUACUUGAACGCCUUCAAGCCCAUCUUGGUCAGCUGGAAGCGGACCCGAUCAACACCGAAAUCGAUGAACGGCUCUUUGAAUCAUGUUCGCUAGCUCUGGCUCCAGGUCUAUCGAAGAAGGAUUCUAUGACCUUAGUCCCACAGCUCUCGCGCAUUCUGCCAGUAUUGCAGAAGGAUCCUACGCAACCAAUUCAAUUCCUGGUACUCUUGCUGGAGCCGUUGAAUUUCGCGGAUGUGCUCGGUCUCAAUGCCGCUGUUGACUUUGUUGGUGGACUCAAUGUUGUCGCAGUGCCGUACAACAGACUUAUGCUGGCGCUGCUGAGCAAGGCUGCAGGGAACGCUACCGAUGCUGCAACUAUUGCCGCACAGCCCGAAGUCGUUACUGCUCUGGUAAAUCUCUGGCUGUGCACUCAUGAUGCUGGAAUCGCCAAACAAGCUGGGGAUGUACUGCUUGCAUUGCUCAAGAUCGAUCAUGCAGUUCCGCCUGGUGCCGGUGAAGAACAAUCACUUCCUGGCCAUAGUCAAGGGCUGAUGUGGAAGCGCGUGUUUGGUGACCAGGACGUCUAUGCCUUGAUCUUUUCUGUCUGCUCACUAAAGCAUACUGAGGGCAUCGAGUUGUCAGGCAGCCAGAGAUCACUCGCCCAAGCUCGCCUGCUUGAGUGGCUUCCUGAGGUCGGUGCUCUCAACUGGAAUGCUAUUACACAUGCACAUCAUCCAGAGGUCGAAAAGCGUUAUACUGACGGCAAGGGUGAGGGUCUGCUCUACUUUUCUACUGUGUGUAUGAUUGAUACCGCUGGUGAUGUUCUGAUGCAUUGUUGCUUAGUAGAGUUCUACGCGACCUUCCUGGGAAGUGUUACUACAUCAGCAUCAGCAGGCUCAUCGCACUCUUCUGCUGCUCUCGACUUCCUCAUCCAGCACAAGCUACACGAAAAAGCCAUGAGCUUCUACUUGGACCCGACAAAUCCUCGCCAUGAUCCUCUUGAUGUGCAAUUCUUGUACGCACCAUCAGCGAACUAUCUUGCCACCUACGUGUCUUCGUACCCAUCUCAUUUCCUGGCAAGCACCUUGAAGCAGACUUUGACAAGACGUCUACUAAGCUCCUUGGACCUCACACCCAGCCGCUGGGCGCAUGCUGAAUCACCGAAACAUGAUCUGCACAUCCUUGCUUCUAUGCCCCGUAGCUCUUUACUUCCUCCGAACAACAAUUGGAUGUGGUCCCCAUUAUCACUUCUGCCAUCAAAGUCUACUAAUGCAGACGUGCUUGCAACACUCGCCACAAUCUUUCACGGUCCUUCAAAACAAGAAAUUAUCAACUACCCAGCUAGCUCGCCUCUCAUGGAUACCACACAUGAUGCAGUCUGGAAGAGCGAAGCCCAAGCUGCUUAUGCGCUCUACUAUCUCUAUCUCAACCACAAUCCCACUCUCUUCGCCGACCUCGCACAUCACGCUAGUAUCAUUGCAUUGAGAGAGAAUGCUCUCGCGUCCAUCAGCUUGAUCCGCAGUAUUGCGACUGCAAACUGGUUGCCAUUGACCGAUAACUCAACACCCACUGCUUCCGACUUCCACGCCUCUUUGCCUCCUACCGCAUUAGCCGAACAGCAAAAAGGUUUCCUCGCCAUUCUCUCUCCGCCUUCUCUCGAGUACACGCUACCAUAUCUACUGUCACCAGCCCAAACUUUCUCGAAUCUGGUCGGCGGAGUUGGCGACACAGAAAACUCGGCCUACAGAGUUGCCAUGAGCAAGUUUGAAUGCUUGAAGGAGGAAUACAAUCGCUUGAAGGUGUUCUACGAAGAAGGCGGCGAAGAAGGAAAGGAGUGGGCUGAUGUUGUUGUGACACUCCGAAAGAAGGUUGACGAGGGUCCUUUCGGCAGUCGUCAAGGCGAAGUUGGAGGCAGAAUUGCCACUAUGGAAUUAUAAGAUAAAAAGUGCUUUUCACUCUUCGAUAUCUGUAAUCAUCACCGAGGUCACUUCGCACCUUCCCAAUGCUGAGUGUUGCUUUGCGGCGUGAGCCAUUCUCGUUCUCCUGCGUAUGUCUGUCUUCACGGUGAGAUCAACUCAUAUUCGCCCAAGAGUAUAUUAGCCUUGUGGGUAUAUCAGAAGAGACCCGACAGAUCUAGCUUCACGCAAGGACAUAUGAGCUUCAAAAUUACUACGAGAGAUAGAACCUCGACUUCGAGGACGAGACGAAACAUGGAGCUAUAUACACCAUGCCUGUAUUAUAGACAAAGCCAUAGCAUUUGUAAGGCGACACUGAGAGGGAGAGAUGUAC